CAGCCGAUUUAAUACCAUUAUCCUUUUCUUCAAUGAUCACUAUUCAGCAAUUCACUGGUCUGGAUCGCCGGCGGCCGGAGAAAUAACUAACUUUACCGUUCUGUCUAGGUUCGAUCUCCUGAUGAUGCUCAGUUGACAUUGCGGAUCUCCAAUUUCAUCUCGCUUUCUCCACCGACACUUUUUCCUCCGAUUCUGAUGUUGUUGUAUUGAUGAUGACUCAUUUUAACUUCGGAGAACUUGGAAUUGAUCCUUGAAAUGUGAUGAAUGAGAUGUGGUGGAUGUUGAGAAACGAAAUUAUUUGAAUUGGAUAUCAAAAUAAAGAAGAUAACUCUGAAUUAGCUGCAUAAUUCUUCUAUAAUGAAGUGAAUUGAUAACUUUGCUAAGAUAAAGUCGAUAGAAUUCCAGCAGAUGGAGGGAUUUGAAAAGGGGUCUAGGUCCAAAUGCAAGGGUAAGGGUGACUGUGAAAAUGGUUCAUCUUUAGAUGUUAAUGAGGGUCAUGGAACUAAAGGUACCAAUGUAGUUGCCAGGCUUAUGGGACUAGAUUCUUUGCCAUCUUUUGCUUCCACUGAGGUGUCGCCUCGCUUGCCAUUUUCCAGUCCUAUUUCAGUUAAAGGAUCUCGUUCACAAAAGAGAACAAACAAUAAUCAGAUUGAGAGAUGUCUGUCUGAAAACUUUCCCCCAAAGUUUGCUAAAUCGAUUUCAGUACCUAAACAUAGACAUUUAUGUCCAGCCAAGGCUCCAGGCUAUGUGCUGAAGAAUGACGUGGCUUCAGUUCCCUUGCAAAUUCAGAAUCUUAAACAAAAACUUGAAGCCUCACGUAAACCACGAGGAUUUUCGGUACCAUCUGAGACACCAAAAUGCCCCCGUUCUUACAAAUAUGUAAAAGGACAGAAUAAGGAAAUGCUGGGGGUAGGUUUGGGAAUUCCUCUGGCUUCUAGAACAUUACAUAGUUCUUCAAGUGACAAUUUUGAUGAUUAUAAGACUACUUCUAAGGGGGGUAAAUCAGUUUCUCUAGCUAUACAAGCAAUGAUUAAUGUUCGGCAACGGGCAAGGCUAAAAUCAAGCGAGGCAAGUGAUGGAGGGAAGUUGGACCAGCUUAAUGAUAGCCAAAUCAAUAUUCAUGAAGGUGCACAGAGACCACCAUUUUCAGUUUGCAAGAACCGUGAUGUGCUUGGACCAAACCACCAAAAGCAGAACUGCAUUGCCAGUAAAGACAAUGUGGGUUCUGCAUCUCCACUUUCAAAACAGAAGGACCAAAAAGCACCAAAUUUGAAUCUUACUCUCAAGACAAAUUCUGCUGUUGUACUAAGGAAACCUCAACUCUCGAGACAAACUGUUGCCAGGAAGGACACGAUAAGAAAAUCUGAAAUGUCUGUUAAGCGUCGUAAUGUUUCAACUGAUGGUGAUAUAAAAUGGGAUGUAAAUAACAGGAGAAACAAAACGGAUAUAGUUUCAUUUACAUUCUCAUCACCUAUCAAAAAAACAAUGAACCAUGGAUCUGUGUUCUCUAAUCAGGUCAUGGAGAAUGAUGAUGAUGUGAAUGAAUCAGGAGAUUCUACUUCAACUACUUCAGGUUCGAACUUAAGUUUGGUUUUGGAACAGAAGCUUGAUGAAUUAUCAUCCAGAGUUAAGACAUCUCAUUUCACGUUGUUUGAAGCCCAGAACAAUUCCUCUUUGUCGGGUCUUCAAGAUUCACCUACUAAAAUAUACAAGCAGCAGGUAUACGAAGAAACAGAAGGGAACAGUUGUGAUAGCACGGAUCUUAAAUAUGAGCGAGAACUUGCUGGUGGAUACAACAGCCCAGUCUCCUGUUUGGAUCCACCCUCAUUCUCAGAUGGAAGUUGUGAUUCUUCAAAUAACAAAACCACUGAAAACAGCAGCAACAUCUCCGAAGAAAUAGGAGAUCUUAUUGACCCGAGACCACCCCAAACAAAUGAAAUUGACUUGGAACUAUCAGAUUCAGCCUCUUCAUCGUUUUAUCCUUUCACAACAAACAAGAAGGACGACAAUUGGGAACUAGAAUACAUUGAGAAAAUUCUCGAUUACGCAAAACUGAAUCUCGAAGACCUAGUCAUGAACAAAGGUAGAAGACUGAUAAGACCCGACUUGUUCUUCCAGCUGGAGAAUCAGGAAAUCGAAUCAACCAGUGAAGAUCUCGACAAACUUUUUCAGAGAAAGGUCUGGUUCGACUGUGUAGGAGAAUGCAUUGAAGAAAAGGCCAUCUUGCUGUGUUAUGGGACCUCGAAAGCAUGGUCUAAAUGGUCAACACUGUUUGAAAAUAAUUCAAGUUUGGCCCGAGAUUUAUAUAGGGAGAUCUCAGGUUGGAUCGGGUUGGGAGAUUUAGAUACCGAUGAGCUUGUUGAUAAAGACAUGAGCUCGUGGAAUGGGAAAUGGAUUUCGAAUGAAAAAGAAUUGUUCGAAGUGCGACUAGAGAUUGAGAGACGGAUAUUAUCUUCUUUGGUAAUUCAAUUGGUUGCGGAUUUAUAUCAAAUCUAAAGUUUCUCUUUUUUUCUUGAAUGUUAAAAAGUUUGUAUUAGUAAAAGAAAGUUGUCGCAAACUCGCAAUAACGACUUAAAAUAAUAUAAAAAAAUAGUGUAACGCUUGAACUAAACAGUUAUUUUAUUUCUUUAUAUGUUCUUGGA